AUGCCGAGGAAUAGACUGCAGAAGGCACCGAAGAUGAUGCACCUCAUCGACGCCCAUUUGCGACCAUCAUUAAGCGAAGUUCACAAACGUUCAUCGAUGGUCACUUCGCCAGAUAAUGGCCUGGGCCAUGAGCAUAUUAUAAUUUUUCACAUUAAUUCCUUACCCACGAAAUGUAAGCCGCACUCAGGGCUUAAAGAACACCGACGAGGUUACAAAGUGGAUACUGGAUUAAGCUCAUACAAAAUGCAUCCAAGGCCGAUUUGGGUCGGGAAACGGCAUUUUAGGGUUGCUCUGUAUCAGCCAUUACCGUCAAUACCCGAACGGUGGUUUCGCUUCUUGAAGAAGACGAGCGGGAAGUUCAGAGGCAACGUUGAAUUCUCUUCUCCCAUUCUCCGUCGAUCCGAUGCUUGUUUAUAUCCACAAACUCCCGAUAUCGACCUGAACCCCGAUGGCUAUGGUCAUUAUCCCCCUACGGCUUUCAUGCCUAAUGCAUUCUGGAUGGCCUAUUCAAACGAAAUAGCGGAGCGCUGGGACUAUUAUAAUCAGAAGGCCAAAGCAAUAGGUACCGAAUGCAAACGUGACACUAUCAAGUGUCGGGACGAAGACGGAAGCCCAACGACGGACAGACAGAGAGCAUCUCUUCUAAUGCGCCUCAUUACAUCUAGAAGCGAUGCUCAUCCAACUCCCAUCUUCAGAGAAACCUUUCAACAAGUGACGGCAUUUUCCGAACAACGUGUUCCUUAUCCUCAAGCUUCCAGGCUGGGUCGAAAACGGACAGAAAAGGAACAUACGGCCCUGAACCUCCUUUUCUCACCUGGAAAUCUCGACGAUCUCUAUUCUUUCGCCAUUUUCCAGCGAUUCUCUGUCCAUUUUGCUACUGAACGACGGGAUGAGAACGAUCCGAGAUAG